GCUACAACGGUUGCCAUGCCUUUCCCGCUUCACAAGGUAGGCCAUUUCUGCACAUUUAUCUUAGUAUCAAAUUAGCUGCACAACGAAGAGCCAGAACCAAAAAUGGACGUUUCACUAGCCCCACUGUACUACGGCUUGCUUAUCAUACUCUCCAUUUUUUUCUACAAUGUGGCUGAGGAGGGCUCAUUACUUGAAGGUGGUGAGAAAUUGUACCAGUUAUUGAAUGAGAAGAAAGAUUUGAUCAAAGAUAACUUUGCAGAGACUUUCCAACCUGAACAUUUUGUCGAGGAGAAAAACUCAUCUUUUAGCUCCUUGCCAAUUUUCGAUUAUUUCAAGAAACACAGCUUUUUGUAUAAAAAAGCCUGUUUCGUCAUUGAUACGCUCAAACAAGGAGCUUUGGAAUUCUUGCAGGAACAUCCUCAGAUUGGAGAAAAUGUGUCCAAGGUAGGAAAAAUCAUUCACGAUUCCUGUGAGCUGAUCUAUUCCACUUGCGAAGAGAAGCUACUUUGCGUUGCAGGUCAAGAGCCAUUCAAAACAUACUUAGCAGAAUAUGUCAAGCUUCACGAUACUUUUGUCACGCCAUAUGUAGAGAUGGCAAGUGAAAAGGUUGGCACUGUAGUUGAGAAAGGUAUUGAUUUCAUCAAGCAACAAACGAAUGAAGAUGUUCCAAACGACGAAAUCGUUUACACAUUUUUGGUCACCGUUGUCGGGGUAUUCAUCUUGAAGGCUACCUUUACCAAAAUAUUAGGAUGUUUUGCAAAGGACGCUUUUCAAAUGAACCGGAGUAUUUCUGAAAUGUACAAGCAACAACUUGUCAAAGAUAUGAUCAAGGAUAGCGAGCAGCACAGUGACGUUUACCUUGAGAUCAAGGAAAACACGCUUACAGACUACAACAUGACUGUUGACGAUUUGCAGGAGAUUGAGAAGGAGUACGAGGCUCAAAAUGCGAGCAAUCGCAGACAAACCCGGAAACAAAACCAGCAACAAGAACAAGGGAGCCCAGCGAGCAAUCGCACAAGAAUCGAAGAAGAGUCCAAGUCCGGCUCCCAAAACAGUUCAGAACUCAAGCCUGAAGCAGAAAUCAAAACCGACUCAGGGAGCAAACUCGAAAACAACCCAGAAGAAAAAGGGAGGCAACGCCCAGAGAAAAUAGAAGAAACAAAGGAGGUUGGGGUAGUCGAAACAAACGAAGCGGACGAAGCGGACGAGGUGGCCGAGUUUCUCCUAAGGGGCGGUCCAGAAACGCCGGCAACGGAAGAAGACGACGAGGUGGAAGAAGUCACGUCUUUUUCUGCUUCCCCGGCCGUCAUCGGCAAAAGCUCCAAAACCGUCAAGAGCUACUACACCGACGGAAGCGACAGCACCAACAGCAGCAUCGCAAACACCACGUACACUACCACCACCAUAAACACAACCAACUCGGCAAACAUCAGCCACAACGCAGCCACCCGGCUUGUCUACGUUUCCUCCAACUCCAUCAUCUAUGACGAGAACGACUCUCUGCUGAAGGAAAACCUCACAGGCCUGAGCAGCAACGCAGUCUCCGGUGUCACGCUGGCGGUGGACGACGUCAUUCAGAAGGCUGCUAACUACCAAGAACCUUUCAUGCCACAAGAACAACCCCAACAGAAAUCGAGAGGAAGAGGUGGCCAAUUUGCCGGAAACUUCUUCAGAAGGCUGUGGGAUUCAGUCAUUUUCGGUGCCGGCGCCACCAUCGGUAGCAGACUCAUCAACUCCAUGUGCUCCUAG